UUCUGUGCGAAUAGUUCGCCUCGUUCCACCGUAAAUGUCAUGGCGCGCUCCGAAUAUAGUGGCGAAGACGGUACGAGACGGAUGAUUGGAGGAACGAUAAUGAAGAAAGCGUUGCAGCGAAGUGUACUUAUUUAAAAUAAUUGAACGGGGAUUUCUUGCUUUCUCGAGCGUUUCAAUGUUCGUGACCUGGAACUUACACGCCGUUCUGUCCAGCGACGGGGAAUAAUAUAGCGACGAAAGAAGAAAUGUGAUCAUCGCGGCCUGCGUGGCUAAGGACAGCGAGAAAACAGGUCAGGAACGCGAGCACGUAGUCUGCCUGUCAUCGAAAAGAGCCGACGCAAGCACAAGCGCGAAGGGCACGAGAAGCCGAGUGAGAGCUGAGACAUGGACCAGUUCGACCUGAGCCGGGGAUUCCUGCAGCACCUGGAGAGUCUGGGCGGCGCCCGGCUGCUGCAGAGCUCGCCGGACCAGGAGAACGACGAGUGCUGCCGGCCCCGGAGGUCCCGCAAGCGUGGGGGCGGAGGCAGCUCGCAGCACCGCUGCGGUGGUGGCACCCAGCAGGCCGCCCAUCAGCGGCAGGCGGCCAAUAUGCGCGAGCGCCGUCGCAUGCAGUCUAUCAACGACGCGUUCGACGGGCUCCGGGCGCACAUUCCGACGCUGCCGUAUGAGAAGCGCCUCUCCAAGGUCGACACGCUACGGCUCGCCAUCGGCUACAUCGGCUUCCUCACCGAACUCGUCGACUCGGGGCGACACCCCGCGGACACGCUUCAGCAGCAGAUACAGGAACAGCAGGCCAAGAAAGUCAUCGUGCAGUGCAACAAAGGCCUGAUGAAUGGUUCCUACCUUCCCCUGGCUGGCCACUCGUUGUCCUGGUCUUCAGAAAAGCAGGGCCCCACUGGCAACGUCAUGGUAGCGAAAGUCUGGACGCCCGAAGACCCACGGAAAGUGCAGCAAAGGAACAGGAACGACAACGAGCCAUGAACUUCUCGCCGCUUUACUGCCCAGCUUGCUUAAUUCCUAGAGUCUUCGCCACGUAUCGCCAGCCCCCAAAACGAGGGGCUUCAGAAAAUGGCGUCAUCAUGUUAAAUGGUCAUAAUAAUUAGCCGCACAUGCGUUGUGAGAUGUAAUAAGCUUCGUGUCAUCUACUUUCUGCAACGCCCGAUCAGACAACGCUGUUUUGUUGCCGCCUACUUAAGUGUGUAGCUUACGACGAUCUCAAUUUCUGUGGGCGACUUCGUCUGUUUUUACCUUUGCUUUUGACAGUUUCUCCGGCGACAUGUCUCAACUAAUCAGUAGGGGCGUAAUCUGCGCAGUAGAAAUGGUUAAAGAAGCUGAGAAUUGUCUAUGAUGUGCUCAUUUGAAGACCCCUAUAUACGGUUCCGCUAAGAAAGGUGUUACGCAAUCUCGCGUGUAUUUGUUUGUUUUGCGUCUCUGUUUUCAGACAAAAGCUUCUUUUGUCUCCUAGUCCAAACGGUGGUCGGAAUGACAGCGUUGCAUUCCUUCCUUUGUGUGGAAGAUGCGCUGGUUUGACCUCGAGUAAUGAACAAUGAGAGAGAAUACUGUCGUAAACCCGUAGCUGUUAUGGCAAACCAGCUCUGUGGAAUCCCACAAGGUAGAGAAAGUUUCAUGAAAGGAAAAAGUGUCAUCCACUCGGAUGUACCACGAAACUUCAUAGGAAACCCAUACGGGUUCCCAUACAGGCGAAUGGCAAUUUUUCCUUUCCUGUAGCUGUUACCUGAGAUGCCAUCGAGUGUGUUUGCCGUAUGGCACAGUCAGCAAGCCCUGCGAGUUUCAGACUGAUAAAACAUCUAGUCAUUAUCUCAACACCCUCAGUGCAUUGUAUAAGCACGUCCUCGAUUGUACCGGUGUGAAUGUUUGUGAAUUGCUGUUAUUUCUUGAGGCUCUGUGUAACUUUGACCAUGUUUGCUUAUGUAAUAAUUCGUGAAAGCUUAAGCUUCAAAGCCAAUGGUAGGCCACAGAACUUCUGUUCAUUCUUCAUAGGAAGGUGCUAGUAGAUUCCUGCAUGCGAUAUCACUUCAAAGUCACAUUGUGUGCAAUCUUCGCUGCGUUGUUGUUGACAUUUUGCCAUCCCUUGCUUUAGCCCGUGUUCUAUGCGGAAAGUGCGGUCAUAUCGGCGUGUUUAUUGUCAUUUCACUGUAGAUUUCUUUGCUGUUCACUGCCAUUUUUUUAUGUGAACAGAAGAGAUGCUGCAAGACUGUCUAAUAUGCCUUUCUUAUUUUUUGACAAUCCUUAUUGUGUGAAAGGAAACGAGUGUCAUAACUAUUGAUGGAAUAAUUAAAUGAUUGGUUCAUUGGCCAAACGAGUGACUGAUCGAUUGACUGACUGACUGAAUGAUGGACGGAUGGUUGGAUGCAGUUUGGCGGCCAAAAUCAUUGCGGGCGCUAUGAAAGACGUCGUAGUAUUGGUCUACA